GUUUGUUUUUAUUUUUUAUUUUUUUAUUUUCUUUCUGUUCUUCCAUUCCAUGCAAUGCAACGCAACUUAUUAUUUUUUGGGGUCCCUCUCUUUUAUUUGAAUUGAUUGACAAAAUUUGUAGUGACUCAUAUUCAUAUGGCCUUAGAGGAAUUAAGAUCUUCACUUCUAUCCUUGAUAUAAUAUAUAAGAAAGCAUAUAUAUUCUCCUAAAUUUCCUCAUCAAAAUCUUCUUAUCUUCUGAAGCUUAAUUUGCAAUUUUGGUGGUGUUUUUAGCACAUAAUAAUAAUAAUGGAAGAAUCAAUUAAGAACAUGAUUGUUGUUGGAGUUGUUUCAUGGUCAUCAGCAUUUCUUGUUACAAGGAGGAUCCUUCAGAAGCGUUCUUUUGAUUUCAGCAACAGAGUUAUCUCAACAAUUCAUGCAAUUUUGGCAGUCACGUUGGCUUCAAUCUCUGUUCAAGAUUGGAAAUGUCCAAUAUGCCCUGUAGCUUCAAAUUCUUCUCUUACACAGAUGCAAGUUCUGGCAGUGAGCGUUUCAUAUCUGAUAUAUGAUUUGGUGUGUUGUCUGUUUGGUGAAAGAGUGAGUAUGGACAACACCAUCCACCAUUUGGUUAGCAUUCUUGGACUUGGUGCAGGUCUUUGCUAUCAAAAGUGUGGUUCAGAGAUGGUGGCAUGUGUUUGGAUAACAGAGAUGUCAAGUCCUUUCUUGCAUUUGAGGGAGCUUCUCAAGGAACUUGGUUAUAGGGACACUCCUCUUAAUUUGGCUGCUGAUCUUCUGUUUGCUGCCAUAUUUACAUUUGCAAGGAUGGUGGCUGGACCCUAUCUCACCUAUGUCACUUUAUCUGCCAAUAAUCCAUUUCUCAUCAAGGCUACAGCAUUGGGUUUGCAGCUAGUAAGUGCAUUCUGGUUUUUCAAAAUCCUAAGAAUGGUGAAAUACAAAUUGACUAAGAAGAAAUCUACAUCUAUAAAUGGCACCAACCAUGUCAACGGUAUAAAAUAGUAGAUGUGUGUAUAAAGUAGCAAUCCAAUCUUCGACUUGUUUGUAUUUUAGAUCAUUCUUUAAUUUUUAUUUGGAAAUUAAAUUAUGAUUUGGGCAAAAUCAUUAAGAUAGAAUUUUUUGCCCAAGUUGUAGUUUAAAACUUGAUAUGCAAUCAUGUACCAAACAAUUUAAUUGAUUCUUGUACC